CUAUACAAGAAUAAAACCUCAGUACAAAAUGGACCUUCUGAAAGCUCGAGAAUCAGAUAGUGCACGAGUAGAGUGAAAUUUCGCCGGAAACCUCAUGCGAAGCUACAAAUCCGUAAUGCUAAUCCGGCGGCUUUUGUGUCUCAAGAAUUCCGGCCAUGGCUACCGACGCCUAUCCCUUCUGUCGAGCACUCCCAUCAACAACACUGAUGAUUUAGUAGUUGUCGAGGGUAAAGCGAGCUCAAGAACAGCUAUUCUCAACAGACCUUCAUCGCUCAACGCUCUAAACACAUCCAUGGUUGCUAGGCUUCAGAAAUUGUACAAGAAUUGGGAAGAUGAUCCUGAUAUUGGGUUUGUAGUGUUGAAGGUACUUUUCAUUUCAUAUUGUCGAGGAGAAAAAGAAAAUUUGCGACAUGUACUAUAUGGGCUCUCUUCAUUUUAUGCAGGGAAUCUGGAAGCAUGCAAAGAAUUCUUCCACACAAUAUAUAGUUUUAUAUAUUUUCUUGGUACUUAUUUGAAGCCACACGUGGCUCUCUUAAGUGGGAUUACUAUGGGUGGUGGGGCUGGAAUCUCCAUCCCAGGCACAUUUCGGGUUGCAACUGAUAAAACUAUUUUUGCCACACCUGAGACAUUGAUUGGUUUUCAUCCAGAUGCAGGAGCAUCCUUCUACCUCUCCCACCUUCCUGGUUAUUUGGGAGAGUACUUGGCUUUGACCGGGGAAAAACUGAAUGGGGCUGAAAUGCUAUCAUGUGGGCUUGCAACUCACUUUUCUCAUAUCACGAAACUCCCUUUGGUUGAAGAACAACUGGGAAACUUGGUGACUGAUGAUCCUUCUGUUAUUGAAACUUCUUUGGGAAACCAAGGAGAUAGUGUCCAUCCAGAUCAGACUAGUGUUAUUCAAAGGAUUGAAAAAAUUGAUCAAUGUUUCAGCCGAGAUACAGUUGAAGAAAUUAUUGAAUCAUUGGAAAAUGAAGCAUCCAAAACAAAUGACAUUUGGUGCCAGACGACAUUGAAGAAACUUAAAGAAGCUGCACCAUUGAGCUUGAAAGUUACUUUAAAAUCUAUACGAGAAGGUAGGUUUCAAACUCUGGAUCAGUGCCUUGCCCGUGAGUAUAGAAUGUCCCUACAAGGAAUAUCUGGGCAGAUCACUCGUGAUUUUUGCGAGGGUGUUCGAGCAAAGCUGGUCGAUAAAGAUUUCAAACCCAAGUGGGACCCACCGAGCUUGGAACAUGUGUCCCAAGACAUGGUCGAUCAGUAUUUCACACGUCUAUCUGCUUUUGAGCCGGAACUCGACCUACCGACAAAACAACGAGAAGCAUUUACAUGAUCUUUCAUGAGGAAAAAGCAAUGGUUAGCCAUUGCAAUGCAACGCCCAAAAAGAAGAAAAAAAAAGUUUUUUUUCCAAUCACAGUGUUUUCAUUCAGCAAGGUCUUAUGAGGGUAUAGCACGAGGGCAUUAUCGUCCCCAACACACAAAUAAUGUGUAAAACGUACUUCAUGUCUAACAAUGGCAUGUUAAGUGCAGUAUUGUUCCAUUUUUUUGUUAUGAUGUGGCAGCAUUUAAUUCUGCAUUUUUUAGGACCCUUAC